UGAAGGAAGGACUGAUGAACCAAUUGUUGGGCCUUUUCAUUAUCGCUAACCGGGCAUCUUGCUAGCUUCUACACAUAGCAGUGUUAUUGCUAAGGAUAAAACCUCAUUGUGGGAACGUGUUGGAAAAAGGAGCUAGGAAGUUGGGCGCCGAAAACUGGGAAUAAAGGGGGCAAUGGGUUUCCAGUGGAGGACUACACAAUCAUCCUUGUUCGACGCUUUCCUCGUACUCAAGAUAUCUGUGUUCGAUUCCUGCCCCCUUCUUUCCUUUGCUUCCCCGCGGUGGUCACCGUCGAAUGGUCUGACAAUUGCAUUACCGAUUUGGCUUUCGUUUUUUUGGGGGGGAGUCUUGACGGGUCAUGGAGGGAAAAACAUGGGCGUUGGGGGGGGAGUUGUUGGGCGUUCGCCCUGUAUUCGUAUUACUGUAGCUGUGUUGAGUCUUCGUACCUGUUCACUCUUAAUUACGAAAUCGUAUUCCCAACCAGAGGUGCGUAACAUAUCUCUUGCUAGCUGUAUACUGAUUAUUAGUUCACGCCGAAUUUUACUCCGCCUGUCCCAGGGGCUAGCGUCUGGCUCUGGUCCUGGAGAAAAUAGAGAUAGCAAUCGCUCAUCUCACAUCCCACAGCGGCCAGCACUUUUCUUGCACAGGCAAAAAUCAAUGGCAGACUUCUCAGUACUCGGUAAUCGAGCAAGAGCCAGCUAGUUUUAAGCCGAAACGGGUAAUACUAGUUAGUUAUCAAACCCUAUAUCAGGUGGUUGUAUUCAAGGGAGUGCGUAUUUGCCACAUGUCAAGGGCCGU